UGAAAAAUAAAUAUUAGUUAGUCCUAUUUGGUGUUACAUAAAAAAUUAUUAAUUCUACAUAAAUUAUGAAUUUGUUAGUUUGUUUGCUUAUUAUUUUCAAGCUAGUGUAUCUUUGUGAGCCUUCAAUUGUUAAAGCAGACCCAAAAAGAAUUUUAAUUAAUAGUGCUGAACAGGCAAACGUAGAUAUUAAGGCCGAUAGGGAACUUACUAAUAGAGAACACCUUCGACGAAAAAGAUAUUUGGGAUUAAGUAGAAAAUACAAGUUGAACAAACGAUACCAAGAAUGUGUAGGGCCAGGUGAUGCAAAAGGACAUUGCAAACAUUUGACAUUUUGUCCUAUUGAUAUAUUGACCGGCAGGAAGGGAACAUUAGAGUACUUAUGUGUUAUAGAAAGAACGUAUGUUGGUGUUUGCUGUCCAGAUGAUGUGGCUUUAAGUGGCUUAAUAGGCUCCCAAUUAGUUCAAGACUUACCUGCUGGAGGAGAGGAUUACGAUGAAAAUAACAAUGUUACAGGUUGUGGUAUUCCAGCUGAGGGUCGCUCAAAUAAAUCGGCUCAAGGGGCUAGAGUACAACAAUGGCCUUGGCUUGCUGCUCUUUACCACCCCAACGAUCUGGAGCAGGGCACUGGUCAGCAAUUUUGUGGUGGGGCGCUAAUUACCGACACUCAUGUAUUAACCGCUGCGCAUUGCCUUCAGGGACUUUCCCCUCAGGACUUACAUGUUAGACUUGGGGAAUACGAUUUCUCUAAAACCAACGAAACUCGUUCACAGGAUUAUCAAGUGGCCGAGAUUAAUAUGCAUGAAGAUUUUGACUUAGCUAGUUAUGAAAAUGAUAUUGCAAUUAUAAGAUUAGUACAACCGACGACUUUUAAUACUUACAUCUGGCCCGUGUGCCUUCCGCCAGUAACAGAUAAAACAUAUGAAGAAGAAAUAGUAACAGUAGCAGGUUGGGGUCAAAAGAGCUAUGCAGGACUGACGUCGGAGAUACUAUUGCAAGUGGCAAUUCCUGUAUGGAAUCAAACUAUGUGUGUUGAUAGUUUUUUGCAAAAAAUAACUGAAAAGAACUUAUGUGCUGCUGGUUAUGAAGGUGGAAAGGAUUCUUGCCAGGGAGACUCAGGUGGGCCACUCAUGUACCAGUUAAAAAAUGGCAGAUGGAUUACAAUUGGAAUCGUGUCUUGGGGAAUAGAAUGUGGCAGUCAGGGCAAACCUGGGAUUUAUACCAGAGUCGAUAAGUACAUACCUUGGAUUAUUCAUCACACUAUUGUUAAAGAAUAGACAAUUAUAUAAUUUAAAAUAGUAUUUUAUGAUAAUACAAAAUAAAAUUUAUAUGCAAUGAAGAAAAAAGUAUAUUUUAAUAAAAAUAUAUAUUUGAGGUUAUAAAAUA